UUACUCUCUUUAAGAGACCCUGAAAGCAUGAAGCAGUUUGCUGAUCCAGUGUGAAAUGGAUUGAGCCACAGGUUCAGUGUGUCUGACUGUCACUUGUUGGGCUGAACGCCUCACUGAGGGCUGACAGACUCAUAGGCUACACGUGAUGGUCGGUGCGCGUCACCGAAGCGCUGUCGCUCGCCUGGAGACUGGAGCAGGGCUGACUGACACUGUGUGCAGCAGGCUACUGUAAAUAAAGAAUUAAAACCCAACCAACUAGCAGGGAACAAAUAAGCAAGCCAGGCGCCAUCGGGUUAACUGAUAGUAGUUUCUCUCAUUCAUUCGCCGAGUUGUCUGUUCGGGUGCUAUUUUUUUUAGUCCUUUUUUCAGAUUCGAGCGUGCCAAGUAAAGGGAAAGCAAAACAUGGCUGGUUUAAUGGCAGGUUUUGGUCAUUACACCCACGCUGUCGUCCGGGGAAUCCCCGCGUCCCUGGCCAAAGAAGCGCUCCGGAGCAGCCAGGCGGAGGUGGACCUGUCCAAGGCGCAGAGGGAGCACGAGGCGUACGUCGAGGUCCUGAGGACGAGGCUCGGGCUGGAGGUGGUCGAGCUCCCCGCGGACGAGUCGCUCCCGGACUGCGUGUUCGUGGAGGACGCGGCCGUGGUGUGCGGUGACACGGCGCUCAUCACCAGACCCGGGGCAGAGAGCAGGAGAGGAGAGACGGAGGCAAUGAAAGGAGUGCUGAAGGAUUUGAAUCUGAACAUUGUGGAAAUGAGUGACGAGAAUGCAACACUGGAUGGAGGAGAUGUGCUUUUUACAGGUCGAGAGUUCUUUGUGGGACUUUCCAAACGGACCAAUCAGAGAGGAGCAGAGAUCCUAGCAGAUGCCUUUAAGGACUAUGCUGUGUCGACCGUGCCUGUGCUGCAAGGACUGCACCUGAAAAGCUUCUGCAGUAUGGGAGGACCAGGCCUUAUCGUCAUCGGCUCCAGUGAACCAGCACAGAAAGCCCUCAAAAUCAUGCAGCAAAUGAGUGACCACCGCUAUGACAAACUGACGGUGCCUGAUGACCUCGCAGCCAACUGCAUCUACAUGAACCUGCCUAAUAAGGGACAUGUUGUCAUGCACCCUUCAGCAGAGGAGUUUCCAGAGAGUGUAAAGGUGUACGAGAAGUUGAAGGAUCACAUGCUGAUCCCCGUGUCCAACAUGGAGAAGGUCAAAGUCGAUGGAGCCCUCACAUGCUGCUCUGUGCUCAUCAACAAGAAGGCCAACAUCUGAGCACGCUCACCAGGGGGUCUCUCAGUGCAUGGUAACCUAGCGGAGCCUGUAUCCGAUCACAGAGAGUCCCGAGGUUUACCAAAACUAUUUCGGUACUUAGAGGAAAGAUAGGCAGGUUUGUUUGUUGCUGUGGGACAAAGAAAAUAUAAAUUGGUGGGAGUUAUCUGAGGGGUGUACUACGAAACAAGUUUAACAGAGUCAGGCUCGACAAAAGGCUAAAGUCCCAGUCAGAGAUGACCGGUACCACAAACUCAGCCAGGUGGGGUCAUUACUCAAAUUUUCUGCAUCACUGCUGUGGGCUACCAUGACAAAAAAAAAAAGAAUGCCACUGCGAUGCAUGCAUUCAGUGGCAUUACUAAUGUAGUGCUACUGCGCAAAAAAUUUGCAUACAACAUAUUUCUCAGCUGAGAAUAUAUAUAUAUAUUUUGGAUCAUAUUCAUUCUGCAGCAUAAGAUGGUGAUCUGACCGGGUUAAUAGAGAGCCACCGUCGUAACAACAUAAACUCUGGUUUUAUACUCAACAUAAUCUUACUUCGUAGUACACACCUCGUCUCCCUUUUCCCCCCAAAACACUCAAAUUAUGUUAAAAUUUCUUUAAAAGACUAAAUAGAGAAAUUGGUAUAAAACAGUUAAUUUUAGGUAACCGUUGUAUCUCUAGAAAUUAGAUUAUUAUUUUAAAAGUACUUUUAUUUUUCUCUUGAUUUGGAUAUGUUAUCACUUUUUCCUUAAAAACCUGACAAGCUUGCAGGUUAGAUAAUAGUUCAUACAUUUUCCCCAUGUUAGGCCAUAUCUGUUAAUUGACAGUACUACUUUCAACUCGUCUACAAACCAUUAGAGUUUGAUUUUAAUGAACCUGAUCAUCAAUCAGAGGAGUGGACCAUGUGGCAUUUUGAACCUGCAGAGCUCCUACUGCUCGUGUGUAGACCAAUUUUUGCUUACUAAUCAAUGUUUACAAUCACAUAGAACAGAGCACUGGGCCAACAUAUGCCUCUGUUUGAUAAUCAUUUCUGUUACCAUUGAAGUAAAAACACAGAAUCUGUCGCAGACGACGCAACCCUGAGAACCUUGUCACACUCAGGAAAGCCUACAGUGUACGUGGCUUUGGAUAAAAGCGUCUGCUAAAUGACAUUGUAGAAUUGUCUUACCAACAUCACACGACAGAUAUAUGAAUUACAAAACUAGCUAAUAUGGAAAUGUACACUGUUCACAUGUACCAUUUAAACUGUGAAUUUAAUUUUGUGAUUGUUUGGUUUGAAAAUACGAUUGCUACUCAAGAACUGUACUUUGGAGCAAGACGGCCAUUAACAUUACAUUAUUUAUUUAAUUACAUUUUACUUUACUUUAAUAAUUACUUUACAUUUGGUGCUGAAUAAGUUUUAUGGCCCUAUAUUACUUCAAAACCACUAAAACACAAUUCUGUGUUGAACAAAAUGCACGGCCAUUUAUCUGAGUAUUACGUUUUAAUAGUUAAUGAAUUCCUCACUGAAAAUAGAGUUCUGAAGUUGAGCUUUUGGUAUGAUCGCAGUGUUAUGAUGAUUUUGUGAUUAAUAUGCUACAUGAAGUACUGCCAUUGUGACCUGAGGUGCUCUUAAUUUUCACGACUACUUAUUAAUUGUUGAUACUGACACUGGAGACAAUUUUUUAAUUGAUCUCUAUAAUAGAGAAGCUAACUGUAGCCUGUUGAUUUAUUCUACACGGACCAUCUGUGGCCAUUUUGUUAACCAAUUUGGCAUCCCUCCUAGUGAGCCUUUGUUUAGAUUCAUGUGGGGAUGCAAACUUAUUAAUCUGUGCCAACCCUGCAAAGGACAGAUAAAAGCUGCCUGUGUAGAAAAUGUAUGUUUUCAUUAUUAUAGGAUGAAAUAAGCUUUCAUUUAUUCCAACAUAACACCUCUGCUCCUCUUAAUGUACAGUGUCUGUAUGGGGAAACCAAUGACUUCCCUCCUGCUGAGUGAAUCUGAAGGCAUCGGAGUUUUCUCACUCCAUUGGUUCUGCCUCUGUUGUUGAUUACACUGGUUCCUUUUUUUCCGUCUGGCAGUUUUUACUCGAAAACUGACUCAGAGCAUGCUGUGAAACUGAUGUCUGUUCCACGAAAUCCAAUCACACCAAAUGUGACUGCAGUGAGCGUUUGCACUCAGCAUGCAGAACAGGCUAACUGCCUGGUGUGUUUCCAUGCGUGUUCACAAUGGUAGCUGCAAACAGGCUGUUGGUGAGCUCUGCUUUGGUGGCCUUAUCUCUGUUGUUGCUGAAUUCAAGUGGGAGGCCUGUAGAUAUGUCAGCAUAGUGUAUGUAAACAUAUAUGCCCUACAUACACUAUAUACUGUACAUGUUAAAGCCCACCACAUGUGAAACCAUGUUUUCUCUCAGUGUGAUUGUAAGUGAAAGUUGAGGAAAUGACAUCAGGAGGUGAUUCAGCCUCCCUCUGUGGACGUUUGCGUAUGGGCAAGUGGGCAGUGAUGAAACACGGAAAGAAUUCCUGUUGGGAGGAGAGGCUUGUACACCAGUAAACACUGACUCUCUUAAACUUUCUCUGUCUUUCUGUCUCACUCUCAGCACUCGCUCUCUCCCACCCUCUUGCUAUUGCCUCAUAGACGAUCUGGGCUAAUUUAUGGCCAUGAUAUCAUACAGUCUGGCCGACGCUGUAGAUGUGAAGGCCUGCCAUUAAAGUGUGACACUAGUAGUAUAUUUUAAAGAAGGCAGCUGGCUGGAUGAUAGCAUAGUUGCAGAGCAUCCAGUUCUCUUUCUCACGCAGUUACUCCAGCAGGCUGAGCCAGGCAGCAGCACUCACACACUGAUUAGUGCAAUGUCAAUCACUGGGUUUUAUCUAAAAUUGUCGUCCUCUCUCACAUUGCUCCAAAUCAUCGAUUGGUUGUACAUCUCUGGGGCAAAGUAACCUUUUCCUAUCACCGAUUUAAAGUCAGUACAUUUAAUAGUUUUGGCUCCUGGCUGGCAAGCCUAGCUGUGAGUAACUGCUCCUGAAAAUGUGUGCUGACUUUGUUAUCCUUUUACUAAUCCCCUCACUCAUCACACUAGUCAUGAUGUUGUGAUUGCCCUGGUUCCAACCGAGGUCUUUUGGAUUUCAUACAAGUUGUGAGUAAUAAUUAUUUGAGUCAUCUUAAAUUGAGCCUUUCGUCUACUUUGUGUAAUAAAUUAACAUCUUCAA